AUGACGAUACACAAUAGAAUAAUCAAAAACAUUGAACCAAAAGUUAAGCCACAAAGGGAAUUCAACGAAAGCGCACAGAGAGAGAGAAAAGGAAAAGUAGUGGAAAGGGAUGGGCUUACGAUAGGGAAAUCGAGGGGGGAACGGCGAGUCAUCUUCUCUUCUUCGGGAGCCAUACGAACUACCUGUGAAUUCCGACGGAGGCUGGGUGCAAUUGAUAUUCGUGGGAAAGUGAGAGACGGCAUAAGGAAGAGAGAUUCUGGUCGCACAAUAGUUUGGCGGACACGGUUGCUCCUGCUCGACGAAGACGUCGAUGAAGAUGAAGGGCACAGCAACAAGGCGGUGGAAGUUGAAGAAGUUAGAGACAGUGAGAUGGACAGAAACGCCAUCGCCGCCGCUUGCUUGUCGGUUGUUCCGCCUUCCACCACCACCACCACCCAAUAUAGUCUUUUAACCCUUCACCAACCACCUGGAGUCCAGAACUCAGACGGGUCGAGAGGUCGUAGCACUCACGCAUCGGGAAAACAUAUGUAG